GGAAGUCUCGCGCGUUGGCGCCGGCGCUCGGUGAGCUUCGCGGAGGGAGCCGAGCGCGCGCGUGGCGGAGGCGCCAUGGGGAAGCUGCGCCGCCGCUACAACGUGAAGGGGCGGCUGCAGGCGGAAACGCGGCCCGCCAAGGGCCCCGAGCCGCCCCCUGUGCGGCUGGAGCUCGAGGACAAGGACGUGUUGAAAGGAGUGGAUGCCAGCAAUGCACUAGUGCUACCGGAGAAGAAGAAGAAGGCCAAGGCCCCGCCCCCAUCCAAAAAGCAGAGGAAGCCGCUGACGAAGAAGGAGAGGAAGGUGCUAGAGAAAGUCUUAGAACAGAAGGAGAAGAAGAGCCAGCGAGCCGAACUGCUCCAGAAGCUGAGCGAAGUCCAAGUGUCGGAGGCCGAAAUGAGUCUCUUCUACACCACGGCCAAGCUGGGCACCGGGGACCGCAUGUAUCACACCAAAGAGAGGAAGCCUGACCAGCCAGCAACCCAAGGCCAGGAGAAAGUCAGUAGCCUUGGUGGGGCCCACCGGAAGCGCCGCAGGUCUUCGUCACCAGAGGAAGGAUCCGAGUCUUCAGGGGAUUCGGAGUCUGACGAGGCCACAGCUGGCCACCCUGGGGGCAGCACAGAGACACACGCAGCACGUCUGCCACCAGCUCCUCCUGGGGCCCAGAGCCCUGCCCCCACCCCUGCGCCCCCUCCGUCUGCGGCCUCCGCACCUUCAAAGUCGCCAGCCUCUGCUCCACCUCCACCCCUGGCCAAGCCUGCCGUCUUCAUCCCUGUGAACCGCGCCCCUGAAAUACAGGAAGAGCGGCUCAAACUCCCGAUCCUAGCUGAAGAGCAAGCCAUCAUGGAGGCGGUGGCGGAGCACCCCAUCGUCAUUGUGUGUGGCGAGACCGGCAGCGGGAAGACGACACAGGUGCCCCAGUUUCUCUACGAAGCAGGCUACAGCAGCGAGGACAGCAUCAUCGGCGUCACAGAACCCCGCCGAGUUGCUGCCGUGGCCAUGUCCCAGCGGGUGGCCAAGGAGAUGAACCUGUCACAGCGGGUUGUCUCCUACCAGAUCCGCUACGAAGGGAACGUGACAGAAGACACGAAGAUCAAGUUCAUGACGGACGGUGUGCUGCUCAAAGAGAUCCAGAAGGACUUCCUGCUGCUGAAAUACAAGGUUGUGAUCAUCGAUGAAGCCCAUGAGCGGAGCGUCUACACAGACAUCCUUCUCGGCCUCCUGUCCCGCAUUGUGGCUCUCCGAACCAAGAGGCACCUGCCCCUUAAGCUGCUCAUCAUGUCUGCCACACUUCGGGUAGAGGACUUCACCCAGAACCAGCGGCUCUUCACCACACCUCCCCCAGUCAUCAAGGUCGAAUCCAGGCAGUUUCCUGUGACGGUGCAUUUCAACAAGCGGACCCCAUUGGAUGAUUACAGUAACGAGUGCUUCCGGAAGGUCUGCAAGAUCCACCGGAUGUUGCCUGCAGGCGGCAUCCUGGUGUUCCUCACAGGACAGGCCGAGGUGCACGCACUCUGCCGCCGCCUCAGGAAGGCCUUCCCCACCCGUUGCUCCCAGCCACAAGGUAACCGGCCCGUGGUCCUCGUCAAAGCGCUCCACCCCUCCCCCUGGGCCUGGCGACUGGUGCCCUGGUUGGGAUGUCGGCCCCCACCUCGCUUGAUGCAAUCUCGUCGAGAGGCCACCAGUCCAAUCCAUGAGUCUCUCCGCUGUGGGCACACCUACACACCUCCCUGCUCAGACCAGCUCGUCAUGGCACCCCGCUAUGCCAAGAUGCUAGCACUGAGCCAGCAGCACGGCUGCCUGCCCUACACCAUCGCCAUUGUGGCUGCCAUGACUGUGCGGGAACUCUUCGAGGAGCUGGACAGACCAGCCGCCAGUGAAGAGGAGCUUGCAGAGCUGAAGGGCCGUCGAGCCCGGGUGGCCCAGAUGAAGAGGACCUGGGCCGGGCAAGGGGCGUCUCUGAAGCUUGGGGACCUCAUGGUGCUGCUGGGUGCUGUGGGAGCCUGUGAGUACGCCGGCUGCUCACCCCAGUUCUGCCACGCUAACGGACUGCGCUACAAGGCCAUGCUAGAGAUCCGGCGUCUGCGUGGCCAGCUGACCACCGCAGUCAACGCAGUGUGCCCUGAGGCUGGGCUCUUCCUGGACCCCAAAAUGCAGCCACCUACUGAGAGCCAGGUGACCUACCUGCGGCAGAUCAUGGCAGCUGGCCUGGGUGACCACCUGGCCCGCCGGGUUCAGAACGAGGAUCUGCUAGACCCCAAGUGGAAGAAUGCCUACAAGACCCCUCUCCUAGAUGACCCUGUCUUCAUCCAUCCCAGCUCUGUGCUCUUCAGAGAACUGCCUGAGUUUGUGGUCUACCAGGAAAUUGUGGAGACUACCAAAAUGUACAUGAAAGGUGUCUCCACAGUGGAAAUCCAGUGGAUCCCGUCCCUGCUGCCUUCCUAUUGCCAGUUCGAUGCACCCCUGGAGGAGCCAGCCCCUGCUUACUGUCCAGAGUCAGGACGGGUGCUGUGCCACCGAGCUAGUGUGUUCUACCGCGUGGGCUGGCCACUCCCUGCCGUCCAGGUGGACUUCCCUGAGGGCAUUGACCGCUACAAACACUUUGCACGGUUUCUGCUGGAGGGACAGGUUUUCCGCAAGCUGGUUUCAUUCAAGAGCUGCCUGCUGUCUAGCCCCAGCACCAUGCUGAAGACUUGGGCCAGGUUGCAACCCAGGACAGAGAGCCUACUGAGAGCCCUUGUGGCCGAGAAGGCAGACUCCCGUGAUGCCCUGCUGGCUGCGUGGAAGAAAAGCCCCAGAUACCUGCUGGCUGAGUACUGUGAGUGGCUCCCAAAGGCUAUGCACACCGACAUUGAGAAGAGCUGGCCCCCCAUCGCUGACUGAUGACCACAUACUUAGCUGCAUAGUCAGCCGGCUCCUAGGCUGACACCAGGAGACAUGCUGCGGCCCUGGAAGCCCAAUUCAGAGCCAAGCUCGCUGCCGCCCUGACCAUGGGUGCCUUCUUUGUGACUGUCCGACGAGAUAGGGUUUGUCUGUCUUCGGGGACAUUAGCGCCUCUGGAUGUACAGGGCUCCACUGGGACAGGAAAGUGGACCGUUCCCCCGGGGACCUGUCCAGCCUCGUAGCAUCUUGGGCAGGAGGUGCAUUGCAGACUUCUGUGACCCAGGGACUUUUCCUGAAAGGUU